AUGGUCAGGAAAUUUGUGCUCUUGUCCUUAUUGAUAUCAAUAAGUGAGGGUAGAGAAGGUCGAUAUCUGGAUGCUCCAGAAGUGAAGAGCGUGUCCCUAGUGGAACCGGAAGGAUUGUACGUUCAGUGGUCGCCGGUGACGCAGAGGCAGGAUGACCCAGUGAUUGGAUAUAAGAUACGCAUUUGGGAAAUACCAGAGUCAUCAGACACGGAAAUUCAGUUAAUCAAUGCAAACAAAUUUCCAGGUGUUAUAAGAGACGAGAAAGUCCAACAGACAUUUAGUAUGAACAAUUCGAACCCAGCAACCAGAGAAGUCAUUAUAAAUAGCCAAGAGUCCAAACUGUAUAUGGUGACAGUUGAUAAAAUCAAAUAUAACACGAUUUACGAAGUGCGGGUAUUGGGGUUUAAAAGAGACGUCGAUGGGCCGCUAUCUGUUCCCGUGAGAAUUAAGAUUGUGAAGGGCAGCGGGUACCAGGUCGUAUUGCAGAGGACGAUGUCUGGGUGCCAAGUCACUGUACCGGCUGAAGUCGAAUACAGCGGCGAUCCAUACCCCUAUCAGUAUAAUUCUUUCUUCUAA